AUGGACCUUAUCACCAAUUGUUUAUCAUAUAUCCCAUGCCUCUCAUUUGACCCGACCCUCAAGAUUAAUGGAGUGAAUUACAAAAUAGAGAGGCUAUUGGGCGAAGGCGGAUUUUCUUAUGUCUAUUUAGUCAAGAACUACAAUGGACAGUAUGCUCUCAAGAAAAUAACAUGUCCAUUUGGUAAUGAGAACCUCAAAGUGGCAUUGCAAGAAGUUUCAAACUAUAAGGAGUUUAAUUCUCCUUUCAUAGUGAGAAGCAUUGAUUAUAGUGUAGUCUCGGAGAAAGAAGGAUACAAAACUGUGUAUAUUUUGCUGCCUUUCUUUGAGACUGGAAUUCAAGAUAUAAUCACCGACAACGCUCUCAACGAUACCCAAAUAGACGAAAAGGUUGCAAUAAGAAUGUUUAUAGAUAUUUGCCGUGGUUUACAUUCGAUGCACAGGCACCAUAGGAAUGCGGCAAGUGACUCCAAUGCAAUUUUACUAGAUACAGAUUCUGAUGCUGAAAACCAGUCUCUCAUUAACAAUGAUUUUGGUACAGAAUUGAAUGAGACCACCAUUUUCGCACAUGGAGAUCUGAAACCCUCUAACAUCAUGCUUUCAAAGGAUGAGACUCCUGUCAUAUGUGAUCUUGGCUCAUGUCAAAAGAUGCCUAUCAAUAUUACAUCAUUUCAGCACGCAAUUAGCAUCCAAGAACUGGUUGAGGAGCACUGUACUCUACCCUAUAGAGCUCCUGAACUCUUUGAUAUUAAGAGCGGGGAUACCAUCACCGAGAGUAUCGACAUUUGGUCUCUUGGUUGCACCCUUUAUGCUCUCCUGUACGGAUUAAAUCCAUUUGAGAGGGAGGAGCAAAUCAAUGGCGCCAACAUUACCCUCGCAAUAAAUGCCGGAAAGUACACCUAUCCUGAUGGCGAUUACACUCAGAAAAUCAAAAGCUUGAUUGACAUGUGUCUAGUAGUUGAUCAAAAGGAAAGACCUUCGAUUGAAACUGUUCUAGCAACAGCAUUGGAAACCACCAGUUGA